GCUGAAAAAAAAACAUUUUCGUAGUUUUAUUUUCGAAAACCAAGAGUACAAUGCACCGACUAACACAUUCGCCAAAAAGUAAGGAAAAGUGACACGUGAGCUCACGCCUGCUUGAACCACAGCGACCAAGACGAUGACUUUGCCAAACGCCAAUCACGAUGUACGGGCAAGAGCAUCAGUCAAUACCCCUGACCCCCCCGUCAAAUGAUGAAGAAAAGACUCGUCCUCGAUCGUGCCUCGCGCGGUCAGAGCAGCUGCAGAAACCGCAGAAUCUUUGGAUGGGCACCUGUAAUAGUGUAAUCAGCUGCAGAUCGACGACCUCCCGGCAACAUCCCACCCCGUCUAAGCUCCUUUCUCGACACCCGAUGAUCGAUCACGCACCGAUUAACACAGACACUGGGGUCUUUACCCAGCUCGGGAGAUCAACUCCGGCUGACAAACUCUGCCCUACAUCGUCGUUCGCACGCGGGGCCCCUUCACCACCACCGAAAGGGGUUCGCGGCAGCGGCAACCUCGUGGUUUCUGAAACAAAGAGCACCAUAAUCUAAUGGAUGCUAACCGCACUAGCCCCUAGCUCUUGGAAGCACCAACUCUCGCCUCGCUGACAGCCACGGCAGUUGAUCGUUACGAGACGGGACAAGCAGGUAGCACUGCCGUACUAGCAGCGGAUUAGAUUAAGACAAGGAGAGUAGGCAGCCUAGGUAGCUAAUCCAAACGAGAUUACCAGAGGGAGUAUUUUAGCCGUGUCGUCGGGACCGGAACUUUCAGCUGACCAGUGACCACUGUACUUGUUGCAAGCCAAGCUCAGCACAGUAGCACGCGCACCACCCGAGUACCUGAGUGCUGAGAAGCGAGAGCUUGGGGGAGCUGAGGCGGAGGGCGUGAUGUUCACGGACGGGAUGUCGAGGCUGACGGUGGGGGUGUGCGUCAUGGUGGCGCUCAGCCUCGCCGUCUUCCUCACCGUCCUCGUCCUCCUCCUUGCCGACCUCCUCUGCUCCCACCUCCGCCGCCGCCGCCUCCGCCACGCGGACAUGGAGGCUCCGCACAAAAGGCCCAAGCUCGAGUCCCCGCCUUCCUUCACCCCCGCAGCCGACGAUGCGUCCGUGGCCACCACGGCGACGACGGCCACCACGCACGAGGCUUUCUCGAGCACCCCGCCGUUCUACUACGCGCACGGCGUCAUGAGCGCCCCGGCAUGCCGCAAGGACCUCCUCCUCGCCAUCCCCAAGCUCGAGGCCGCCGCCAACUGGACAUGGUCUCCGCCGUCCACCGGCUCCUCCUACGCCGCUUCGCACAGCGGCGGUGGCGGAUUCGUGCGCAUUUCGAACCCGGUGUACGAGACGCCGGAGGCCUCGCCGUCGGCAUGCGGGGUUAUCACGGAAGAGGAAGAGGAGGGAGGGGGGUUCUCCUCCUCGCCGCCGCUGUCCAUGAUGCGGAAGCUGCCGCCGCUGGGCGUGCUGGCGUGCCCACCACCGCCGGCGUUCGGGUUCGUCGAUGGCCGGCCGUCGUCGAUGUCGGCGUGGUCCGGGAUGAUGGCCAUGGACGCCAACAGGGCCUCCUCCUCGUCGUCCAACUUUACGACGCGCUUCUUUUCUUCGUAGUUAUUGGAGUGAUUGACGAUUUGACGAGCUUGUUUGUGUGCCGUAGGGUGUGUAUGUGUUAGUGAUGUGCUUGCUAGUUGACUAGAGCUCGAUUAAAUUCAUUAGUGAGUUAGUUGCUCUCCUUUCGUUGGUUCCGUGUCUUCUGCUCUGUUCUGUUUUGCUAGUAGUUUUUGCAGAUGAUUUCUCCAGGAGAACA